CAAGGUAAAGCAAUGUUUAUCCAUUCUUUACGUCCUUUCUUCUUUAUAUCCCAAAACAGAAUCUAAUCAAAACAAGCACAUUAUUCCAUCGUAUAAUAUAACCUUUACAUACACCAUCAUAACCCCAGACACAAGAAAACUUGCACGCAGCCAAGACAAACAACCCUGAAAUCCCAAAUGAAGAAACCAAUCAUAGUGAUCAUCUUCAUUGCAGCCACCAUCAUUUCUCCUCUAGCCAAAGCAAACCAAAACUGCACCUACUUGGUUGAGAUUCAGACAUCAUGUGCACCAUCAGCCGAAACAACAGACCACAUAAGUCUCCGGUUUGGUGACGCGGCCGGCAGUUUGAUCACCGUGAAGCAUUUGAAAAACCCUAAGUUGGUAUAUGAUCCAAGCCAUGGCUUGAAGAGACAUGGUAGUGGAUAUGGUGGGUUCAUAAGAUGUGGUAUAGACAUGUUUGAGGCAAGUGGAGAAUGCAUGAAGCAGAGUGUUUGUUCGUUGUAUCUCAAGAGAGUUGGAUCAGACGGGUGGAGACCUGGCUGGGUGAAGCUUUUUAAGCAGGAAAAAGAAGGCCGAGCCAUGCCGGUUUCUUACAUGUUUUAUUUUAGGACAUUUGUGCCUGCAAAUGUUUGGUAUGGGCUCAAUUACUGUAAACCUUGAGAGGGUUUUAUGGUUCAUCAUAUGUACUUUAGCGUAGUCUCAUAAGUGUUUGACCUCUUAA